AGUUCCUGGCUAAACAAACCCACCCACUUCACGGUAGAAGAAGGACAAAUAAAAAGCUUUGGUUAGAGAGGCUUGAGCCGUUGCAGAACAGAUUCAAUCAUGUCGAUGUUUGGAUUCCUUGUUGACUUGGAUGUCAAAACUCUGCUGCUCUUUCUUAUAAUCUUCAUCCUCACUGCAGAUUAUUUAAAGAACCGUCGGUCAGGCAGCUUCCCUCCAGGACCCCGGGCGUUUCCCAUUGUUGGCAACAUGUUCACUUUGGAUCACAAAAGGACACAUGAGAGUAUGACAAAGUUAGCAGGGACAUAUGGAGAUGUGUACAGCCUGAGAAUGGGACAGACAUGGGUUGUGGUGUUGAACAGGUUUGAGGUUCUGAAAGAAGCUCUGGUUACUCAGGGAGACAGUCUGGUGGACCGUCCCGACAUGCCCCUGCAGCAUGACGUCUCCCGGGGACUAGGUAUAGUUUUCAGUAGUGGAAACAUCUGGAAGCAGCAGAGGCGUUUUGCACUUUCCACCCUCAGGAUUUUCGGUUUUGGCAAGAAGUCGCUUGAGCCCAUCGUCUUGGAUGAAUUUAUAUAUUGUGCACAAUACUUCAAUAGCUUUAAAGGUAAGCCAUUGAAUCCACACAUUGUCCUCAACAACACUGUCUCCAACAUCAUCUGCUUCCUGGUUUUUGGACAUCGCUUUGAGUACGGUGAUGAGAAAUUUAUAAAACUGAUGGAGUGGUUCAGUGAAAGUCUGGAGAUUGAAGGCUCCAUCUGGGCACAGCUCUUCAACUCGUUCCCUUGGCUGAUGAGGCGUUUGCCAGGGCCUCAUCAGAGAGUCAAGCAGAUCUGGAAAGAUGUAAAGGACUUCAUAAGAGUAGAGAUUCAGAAGCACAAACAGAACUGGGAUCCCUCAGACCCAAGAGACUACAUCGACUGCUUCCUGAACGAGAUUCAGACGGUUAAGGGGCAGGCAGGCAAUACUUUUGAUGAGGAAAACCUGAUAAUGUCUGUGAUGGAUCUCUUUGUGGCUGGAUCUGAGACCACUUCCACCACGCUGCGCUGGGCUUUCCUUUACAUGGCAAAGUACCCUGAGAUCCAGGCAAAGGUCCAGGCUGAGAUAGACAGAGUGAUUGGACAGUCCAGACAGCCGGCCAUGGAAGAUCGUGCUAACCUGCCCUACACUGAUGCCGUCUUACACGAGAUCCAGAGGAUGGGCAACAUAGUUCCUCUCAACCUGCCUCAUGUUACCAACAAGGAAAUGAAGUUGGGAGGCUACAAAAUCCCAAAGGGAGUUACAAUAAUCCCCAAUCUGACAUCGGUGCUGUUUGACAAGAAUGAAUGGGAGACGCCCAACACUUUCAACCCAGGACACUUUCUGAACAAGGAGGGAAAGUUUGUGAAGCGAGCUGCUUUCAUCCCUUUCUCUGCGGGUAAGCGGGUGUGUCUCGGGGAGAGCCUGGCCAGGAUGGAGCUCUUCCUCCUCUUCACCUCCUUCAUGCAGCACUUCACCUUCUCCAUGCCUCCCGGGGUGAAGCCUGUUAUGGACUAUACCUUCGGCAUCACUCUGGCACCAGUUCAAUAUGAAAUGUGUGUAACCUCACGCUAAGAGACAGCGAUAAAAUGAUUAAGAAUCAAUAACUUUUUUAUCCUGCCAUUUCAUUCAUGGUUACUGUAUGUCACCAGGACAUAGUUAUGUAAAUAGAUAAAACUGAAUUUGUGCUAUAAUGAUAGAUGACACAACAUUGAUUCCAUUGCAAGUAUCUCCUUCAGGCUGAACAUUUUGGAUCAUUUACUUCUUUAGAGGAGUCAUUUUUCCCCUCUGCUUACAAUAAAACAUUUUCCAGGAACUCCGGCCAGUCCUGAAUAGUAACGCCACUUUCUCCUCUAGAGGUGAUUAAUGGCUUCUGCAGUUUUAAAGAGUUUGGCUGAAAUUGUAUGAGUUGCAGUAAGUAAUAGUUUGUUUUUUGUAACUGAUGACUGGAAAUUGAGAUUGUAUGUUUACAGUAUUGGAGCAUUUGGGCUAGACAUUUCAAUAAAGUGUGUGAUACAUCUCAAACA